AUGGUUGGUGAAGACAAGUAUUGUGGUUAUAGGUCGUUGCUCUACGUCUCACAGUUUCUGGUGCAAACAGGUGAUUUGGAAAGGUUUGUUACGAAGGUUCUCCCUAAUUUGUUAACGCGUUUGGGUAUUAAUAAAGAUGAUCCAAGAAGAGUGAAGGUAUUGACAUUGUUUAAUCAAGUGCUAGUGGAUUUCCAAUUGGCCAAGUUGGAUAUAAGUGGUGAUGAUAUUACUGGUGCAUUGGCAAAGACUUCAAGAAAUUUGAUUAGAUCAAGUUUAGCGUUAUUUGGUGCUUUGACUACUAUAACUUCAAUUAAGAAUCUUGUGAUUAAUUUAAUCAAGAAUAAGAAAUUGGAUAGUUCAAUUUCCCUUAAAAUUUUCCAAAAUUUGGGGUUAGUUAGUGUUUCAUUGGGGAAUUUAUUAUCAUCAGUUCCAAGUAUACACUUAUUAUUGAAUAAGAUUAUUAAAUUAGAUCCUAAAACAUCAAAAAAGAUUACAACAUUCUUAACUGCUUUAAUUUCAUUUUCAAUUUAUCCAAAAAAUUAUUCUCGUGAUUUAUUAUCCAUUUAUGUAUUAGUAUACGGUUUGGAAAGUUUGCAAAAUUUGGAAUUCCAAAAAGGUUAUAUUUCAACUUUGAAAGAAAAAUACCCCCUAAUUGAUAAAUUAACACAAACUUGGAUUUUAAUCCCAUUCUUAUUAGGUGAAUUAUAUCAUACUUAUAUCAUUCAUCCAGAACAUUCUCCAAGUUUGGUUAAAAAAAUAUUUGAUUCACAAUUAUCUGAUUUAUAUGAUUCAAAACCUUCAUGGUAUAAUGGUAAACAAUGGCCUUUCACUACUGAAAUCAAUCAAUUAGUUAGAAAAGCUACUGUUUUGAAAGAUCGAAAAUUAUCUUCUACAAUAAUUCAAACUGAUGUCACUAGAAUCACCUCAAUUCAAUCACCAUUACAUUCAAACAAAAUCCUUUCAUUAACAAAUCCAAUAACACCAAAUUUUAUUGAUAUUUUACAAAGAUUUAUACCUUUAAAAUUCACAAAAUUAGUAUUAUAUUUGAUCCCAAUUUACAUUAUCAAAGAUAUAAUAACUAGAAAAUUAACUUUAGAAACUUUGAAAACAAAUUGGAAACAAUACUUAAUCAAUCUUUUGAAAUCAAUAUCAAAAUUAUCAAUUUUUACAAUCUUAACCACAAUAACUUCCCAUUAUUUAACAACCCAAAACAUAAACUCAAGAACACCAAUUAAAAAUUUUAGAAUAAUAGGAUUCAUAGCUGGUCUAUGGAGUAUUCUUUAUCAUAAAACAGUUAAUAAAUCAAUUGUUACAUAUGUUUUAAGAAUAACUUUACUUUCAUUAUGGAGAAGAAAAUUACAAAAAAAUCAUAAAAAAUUGGAAAAUUUAAACUUGGAUGUUUUAUUUAAUUCUAUUGGUUGGACUAUAUUAGUUGGAUUAUAUGAUGAUGGAUUGAAAGAAUUUAUAAGUCCAAAGAGAUUUUCAAUUUUGUCUGAAUGGAUCUCAACAGGUGGUGAAAUAUAA